UUUAUUGCCGAUCAUAUAACACGCCGCGAUGUUCUUUUGGUAUUCGGUGAUCAUGGAAUGACACCAACUGGCGAUCAUGGUGGCGACACACCCGCUGAACUGGAUGCCGGUCUACUAGUCUACUCUCCACGAGGCUUUCCUCUACUCUUUUCUGGCCCCGAAAAUCCAACUCAGAACAAGAGCUGUAAAACCGGAUCCAAAGACGCUAGAGAAGCCACAGAAUGCACCGAACUCUCUUUCUUUGAUCGUCUGCCUGGUAAAGAAUAUGUGGAUGCCGAUACAGGGCUAAUGGGCCCAUACUUUGGUCUACCAAGAGUCAAAAACGUUUAUGCAUCUGCUGUACAGCUAUCUCUUGGCUCUCACCAUGUCCUGGCCCAAGUGGACCUAGUACCUCUGCUCUCGACCUUCUCAGGUACACCAAUACCAUUUUCUAACCUGGGCAUUAUCGAGCCCAGCCUUCUCUCCAGCGAGGCCGAAGUCAUGUGGGCAGUGGCGGCCAACACGAGACAGGUUAUUUGA